AUGUUGAUCAAAACCUCCGCAAAGUACGUUGUUUCAAGCCAUUCACGUAUCCCGUCAAAGAUAUCUUCCGAAAUUGCAACCCGCGGUGUGACGAAAGCUCCAUGGAGAACCAAUGAUUUCACUUGCGAAGAUUUCAAUUUUCAUAAAGGCCCACAGUCAUUGGGCUUCAUCGGUGAACACUCGGAGGUGUCGUGGCUACACAGGCUCAAAUGCAUCCUCGAAAAGAGAAAAGCCGCAUUGACUUUCGAAAGACCCUUGGAGCCGCCUUCAGUGACAUCCGUAAACUAUUAUUAUAAUGAUCCUACCAUGGACAUUCGUGAGGAAAUCGCAUGGUUAAGCCGACCACCGCAAAAUAUUGCCAUACAGCUUCUUGAUACCUACUUCGAAACAUUCCAUCCUUCAUUUCCAAUUAUCGGAAAAGUGGUAUUUCUCGCCCAGUUUAGAACAUUUUAUUCUAUCCGCGAUGUGCGACCUGGGAAACAGUGGUUUGCUGUGUUGAAUCUGAUUUUUGCAGUUGCUGCAAGACAUUUGGAGCAUACGAAACCGUCUCUUCUUAGCGACGAAUCGUACGCACAAUUCUUUUCACGGGCAUGGAGAUUGAGCAUGGACAAGGAUUCACUCCGCAAUCACCCAAACCUGCAGCAAGUUCAAGUUGAAGGCUUGUCAGCCUUUUACCUUCUUGCCAGUGGGCAUAUUAACAGUUCAUGGAAGAUAUGCAAUGUCGCGAUCAGUUCAGCUGUUACAAUGGGGCUACAUCUUCGAAAUGAAAGCCAACAUAUCAGUCUUGUUUCAAAAGAAACUCGACAUCGAAUGUGGUGGUCUUUAUACACACUGGAUACUCUGCUUUCCACGAUCACCGGGCGCCCAGCGUGCAUAGAUGGGAAUUUCUGCACAGCGAAGCUCCCAUUGCCCUAUGACGAGGAAGGAUUUCAAAAUCAAAGCGUUGACCAGCUUAGCUCGGACCAGGGAUCACAAAAUUGUCUGACACAGGAUUCUCCCUCCAAAGAAAGCAACGACUCCAGUGGACAGGUGCACUUGUUACUCAUGAAUACCAACAAAGAAGCCGAAACGGAGCAAGAAUAUCCUAUCCUGGAUGUAGCACCAGCAUCUCCCAACGCUCUAUACUUUCUUUGUACAGUGAACCUCACGAGUGUUAUACGAGAAGCCAUUGAAACUAUUUACGCCCCAAGAGCCGCAUGCAAGCCGUGGCAUGAAAUUGACAAGGCAAUCUUCUCAUUGGAAAACAAGGCAAAUUCAUGGCUUCAAUCGCUUCCAGAAGCCUUUCAGAUCGAGGUAAAGGAGGAAACUAUACCAUUGAACCGCCAACGCACUAGCCUCGCCUUUCUCUUUUACUCGACCAAAAUCUUGAUACACCAACCCUGUCUUCUCCAGUUAAUUUCCAAACCGUCUAGAGAGUUUGGAACAUGUGUUCGAGUGCGUGCUUCUAUGGCAAUUCAGGCCGCAGAGAAAUUGGUCCACUUAUUCCCUGAGGAGCCGGAUUUAACGUGGUUCUACGAUCUAUGUCCUUGGUGGUGUGCCCUCCACUAUGUCAUGCAGGCUGUCGCAGUUACCUUUACAGCCAUUUACGUCUUUCCCAAGCGGGGCAUCAAUAUCUCACCCACCACAUCGGGCAAUGUCAAUAAGGUCAUACGUUGGUUGCAGAGCAUGUCUUCUGUGAGCCCUUCGGCACACCAGGCCUUACGUGUGUGUUUGGAUUUCAUCACGCAUUAUAAGUCAGAAUUACGCCCAACUGCCAAUAUUGAACAUUGA